GUACAUUCCGAGGCUCGCUUAAAUAUAUUAUUGUGAUCUAAAAAUGGUUGCAUAUUGGAAGGGGGGAUGGCUGCGGAAACGCUGCGGAUCAGUUGACUGACGCCAACGGACAAGUAUAUAAGCAGGGCAGUCCGCCAGUUGCAGGAUCAGAUAACACAGCAUUACUUAGCUAACACAGUCACUCAGCAACCCAGCUACUUAGCCACUUCGCCGCCUCAUCUGCUCGAUAAUCGCUGCUCUCUCAGCUGUUCAUACUGCCACCACUUAGCCGCCUGUCUCAGCUGUUCUAAGUGCCAACUCACUAUCGCUGCUACUGCUUUCCCCAGUUAUCGCUGCUCCUUCGCUGCUCCUUCUGCUUCUGCUGCUGCUGCUACUGCUACCACAUCGCCUUCUACCAUGCUUUCCCAAAAGUUGUUGCUCUCGUUGGCCCUCGCCUCCUCCGCCUUGGCCGCCUGCAACCCCCUCACCUCGUCCUCGUGCUCGCCAGACCCUGCCUUGGGCUCCGACAUCAACGAGUCCUUCACCUCCAAGCCAGACAAGUUCUCAGUAAUGGCUUACCCUGACGGUGUCAACUACACCCCCAAGGGCUUGGAGUUGACGUUGGCCAAGCGUUUCGACAACCCCUCGUUGAAGUCCGACUUCUACAUCAUGUUUGGACGCGUGGAAGUCCACCUCAAGGCCGCUCCAGGUGUAGGGGUGGUGUCCAGUUUCUACUUGCAGUCCGACGAUUUGGACGAAAUCGACAUCGAGAUGUUGGGUGGUGACACCACCCAGUUCCAGAGCAACUGGUUCACCAAGGGCAACACCGCCACCUACGACAGAGGCGAGUACCACAACGUGGCCUCACCCCAAGCCGACUUCCACAACUACACCAUUGACUGGACAAAAGACCAUGUCGAGUGGUGGUACGACGGCCAGUUGCUCAGAACAUUGACCCCAAACAACCCUCAGGGGUUCCCUCAGACCCCCAUGCAGCUUUUUGCCGGAAUCUGGGCUGGUGGUGACCCCAACAACGCUCCCGGAACCAUCGAAUGGGCUGGAGGUCUCACCCAAUACGAUCAGGCUCCUUUCACCAUGGCCAUCAACAAGUUGCUUGUUAGCGACUACUCCUCAGGCACCUCCUACUCCUACAGCGACCAAUCCGGCUCUUGGUCCUCCAUUUCUGCUAAGGACGGCAAGGUCAACGGAAGAAUUGGGUCGGCCAAUGCUAGUCCUCAGGAAGACAGUGCCCAAUCCCAAUCAAAAUCAAGCUCUUCCGCCUCCAGCACCUCCAGCACCUCCAGCUCAAGUUCUUCCUCGGUUUCCUCUUCCACUUCCACCACAUCUGACAGCUCUUCCUCGGUUUCCAGCUCAACCACUACCACUGCCCGUUCUACCACCGGCACUUCGGUUACUUCUAGUUCGAGCACCUCGGUUCCAAGUUCAUCCACUGUUUCCACAACUUCCAGCUCCAAGGCUUCAGGUAUCGAAACAGUGACCACUGCAUCGUCUUCUUCCGCUGCUGCUGGCGUUGAAGCUUCUUCAUCUACCUCAGCAGCAGGUGUUGCUAGCAAAAACACCGCCACCACCGAAAGCGCCAGCACAACUGCCCCUUCUGGACCUCCAGCUGCUCGUGUGAGUACCGCUCCUGGUUCGAGUGCUGCUGGUAGCGAGAACCCAUCUUCUGUGUUCAUUCCUACUGGAUUCUCAACCACUACCACUGCUGCUUCCCAGAGUGCUACUUCAGAAACUCACAUUUCAGUGGCUGCAUCCAGCAACAUGGCAGGUACAACCAAAUGGAAUUCGUUAAUGGCGGCUCUCUGUUUGGUUGGUUACUCCCUUUUCUGAUAUCUUCCGAUGUCAUUUGCAUAAACAAGUUGUAUUUAGUUCUUUUUCAACAUUAGAUAAAAUUCUCAUA